GCAUGAGGACAUGAAAACGCCGCCAGUGAUGCGCACACGCUCCACCGCACUGCUGCUGAUAACCCAGCUGUUGAUACAGACUGCAGGACUGGCGCUCGCAGCAUCACACAACAGGUUGAUUUUUCCAAGAAAGGUCCGGAACUUUGCGGCGGGAGACGGUGUCUCCAUGGAAACCACUAUCAGGCCCCCAGCUGGUGUGAAGGACACGGUGCGAGAGCGUCCUUUAAUCUGGAGAGAUCUCGAGCAUAAAGAACCCCUGCUGAAUAAUUCUCACACACAUCUCAGUCAAACCCUGGUCCCUGGGAGACGGAAACGGGGGCGUCGCCAUGCGCUCCUUGGUUCGCGUGGUCACGUGCACGGCCAGCUGAUGCGAGUGGGCUGCGUAUUAGGGACCUGUCAGGUCCAUAACCUGGGUUAUCGUCUCUACCAGCUGAUUGGCCAGAGAAAAAAACAACAUUCUUCUCCGGUCAAUCCCAAAAGUCCUCACAGUUACGGGUGAGACUCAACCCAUAAAACUAUUAAAGCUUCUCCGUUGGACAGUGUCAGUCUGUCUAUGUUCUCAUAAACUAGCCAUGUCUCAUUUCCAUCAC